AUGGCCGCCUCGUUCGCGGCCUAUGCAUCCCAGUUUCUCAACAGGCAGCAGACCGGAGCAUCAAGUCUGUCCUCCUCUCAGCCCCUCUUCUACUCAUUUUCGACCGACAAUGGCUCUCACGCAGGCAAUCUCCGCGAUGCCGAUCUCGACGACCUCGACGACCCCCAUCUACACACCAGCAACGUGAGCCGAGCCACAGUCCGCAGGGACCGCGAUACGCACCGCGACGACGAGGACGACCCAUAUCUCCGCCUCGACGAGGACGACCCACGUCUCUCUCGCCACCAGGCUGCCUCUAUCCCUCUCCUAGGGGUCUCGGAUGCAGGUGCGAGCAAAGGCUGGCUCGCCCAUGCCUCUCCUCUUCGUUCACCAUCCCCGUCCCCCUCCAACUCUUCUUCCGACUCUGCCGGCCCUCCCCCCGACAUCCUCCACGCCCGCGCCCCCUCUCCCCACCACACCCGUCCACCACAAGCAACGUCUCAUCAACCUCUUCCGCCUCCUCGCACCUCCCUAGCACUCUCCCUCACAGAGUCCCUUCUCCCUCGGGACGGCCGCACGCGCCCUGUAGAUGUCUUCUCCCUUCCCGACCCGCGAUAUGUUCCCCGCAACCGCAGGAAAUUCAAUGACUCUACAUGGACCGCUGUGUGGCUGGCAGGCGUCGGCAUCUGUCUCUUCUCCUCUAUUCUCAGCCUCUUCCUCAUCCGUGUCCCCGCCAACUCUUCAAGGCUCCCCUACACCACCCUACUACACACUGUCCCACUUCUCACGAUCCUGACCUUCGUGAGCGCUGUUGUAUGCUAUGUGCAUAUAUUCCUCCUCCGAGUCUUUGUCAAACCUGUCAUGAUCGCAACCUCUGUCUUCAUUCCCGCGACAUUGCUCAUAUCCGCGGUAUGGGCCUUCGUGGGUAGCUUUAUGUGGGACAACAACGUGACGCCCACUUGGGGAGAGACAUGGGGACUUCGACUAUUCUCCCUUGUCCCGCUCGUCCUUGCGCUUCUCACCGGACGGCGACUCCUCAACCUCCCCCGCGACAUCCACACUGCGUCUUCGUUGCUCAAUCUCACAACUCGCCUGCUCAUGGAGAACCCAUUCCUACUCGCAUUGUCUCCCACAGUCCUCUUGGCUAUGCUCUUGCUGUCAAUUCCUUUCAUAACUCUCGCUUUCCGGCUCCUCUUGGUGGGCUUCACUACUUCAGACGGCCCACGGUCGGCGUGGCAUGUCAGAGAGUGGGCGCAUUGGGCCAUAGCAGGCACGAUCGGAGUCUGUUUGUGGACAUGGGGAGUUGGGAUUGGGCUGCUCCGCGUUACCUGUGCGGGGGUCAUUGGUGCAUGGUACUUCUCCGACCCUUCUCUACCUCCUACGCCUCCAGCGUCCACGCAUACCAUCCAUGCUGCGUUAAUGCGCUCCUCUCAACCAUCCAUCGGUACGAUCGUGCUUUCCGCAUUGAUUGUUACCAGCAUUCGCAUCAUGGGACUUCUUAUCUUGGCUCUUCGUGCCCUUCCCGCGUAUCUCCCCCCAUACAUGCGGAUCGUCACGGUUGGCGCUGGGAUGGCAGUCAGCUACUUGGAAUCAGCAAAUAGCUCAUUGAGCACGUAUGCUCUCAUCUACACCGGUCUCACAGGCGAUGCAUUCUUCCCAAGCGCACGCAGGUCGCACGCGCUGACGGGCGCGGUGGAGAGCGCGUCGUUGGCUAACUACCGACGGCGGUUUAAGACGGAGCCUCCUUUAACGCUGCUCACAGUUGCUCCGCUGACGUUGACGUUCCCUUUUGCGCUUAUCACAUACUUGUUUGUUGCGCAUACGCUUGGGGCUCCGGAUUCUGCGUUGUCCGCGUCACUACUUGCUGGCGGUGUCACCGCUCUCGUCGGUGUCUUCUGUAUAGGUCUCGUGAAAGACACUGCGGAUGCCCUCUACAUAUGUUACUGUAUCGACAAGGAGGCAGGCGAGCGUCGCAGGGAAGAAGUGUUCGCAUCUUUCGAGUACGAGAAUCGCCACCGCGCAGCUCAGACAUCACAAUCUCGUGCCCCACCUGCGCCACAAUACCCUCAUCCUCAUCCACGUGAAAGCAGGCGACAACCACUCCCCACAUCGCCCCCACCAGAGGACGAGGACGAAGAGGACGCACCAUUCUUUCCGCAUCAGCGCACCCCUCAGCGGGCCCCUGCGCCUCAGAGGCGAGAGCCGACCCCAGAUCCUUUCGAGGCCGACCCGUCACCGUCGGAGCUGGAGGUAGGGCCUCAGGGCUUUCUGCUUCAGCACGACCCGUACGCCAGCUCCGGGUCGCGCAUGCCGCUCAGCCAGCGCCAUCUGGAGGACAGCGAAGAGGAAGGAGGGGAUAGUCAGAUGUUCCCGGGGAGUGACCUGUUCUGA